GUCGCUUGGUGCCGGCGCCUGCACGUCUUUUCCAGCUCCUCGCGGUGCUUGGAAGCGCGGCCCCUACUACUUGUCAGCUGUGGACGUCUCUUCUCCCUCACCUUUCGCCGGCGCUCGUUGUUUCUAGCGGACCUCGCUCUUCUUCAACCAACAUUUGGUUCUUCUCUCGCUCUUUUGUUUUGCUUCCGCCUUCCGAGGUCAGUGCCGGGAGUAGCGUCCGCCAACGUCGUCGCUUGAACUUCGAACUGCUGCCGUCGCCUGGUGUGCCCAAGAGUUGCAUUUGACAGCAGAAGUGUCGCCGUAGUGCGUGCUUGUGUUCGUUGCAUUCGAGAUCUUCCUUUUUUUCUGUUAAAAGUUCUCUCUCUCUCUGUUUUUUCUUUACGAACCAUUUUCAAAAGUGCGCAUUGGCCGAUUCAUCGGAAGAUGUCGCCGCCGAAAGUUCGACGCUCGGAUAACGAACGCGGCACUUGGGUUUGAAAUGCCGUUCUCCGACGACGACCGAGUGUUGCGACGUCUACCUGUGGUGUCUCGCAGAGAUUGGAUUACCUGCCCCUUUCUUCUACGGACGUGCAGUUGGGCGCGGUGGUGAGCUGCGGCUGCUGCUCGCGGAACACGUGCCCACCUGCCCGUGGAUGACUGCCCCAGCACGGCGCCCGCCUUCCUCGGUGGCUGGCGAAGGACAAUGUCCAGGAGGGCACUGGGCAGCACCAGCGGCACCUAUCACGUCCAAGCCUCCGAGUCAGCCCGUGACGCCAAGAACGUCAAGACCCUCCGCUGCAUCGUCUUCUUCCUGGAUGACAGCCAGCACACUUUUGAUAUUGAGAAACGAUCCAAGGGCCAAGUUUUAUUUGACCUCGUCUUCCGGCACUCUGAGCUGGUGGAAAAGGAUUACUUUGGGCUGCAGUUUUCAGAAAAGGCAUCGGCUAUUGAUGGCAUGAGGUGGCUAGAUCCUGUAAAAAGCAUCAAAAAACAGAUGAAAGUUGGACCUCCGUACCUGCUUUACUUUCGCGUAAAGUUCUACGUUUCCGACCCGAGCAAACUUCAGGAAGAGUGGACAAGGUACUACUUCUUCCUUCAACUUAAGAAGGACAUCCUGGAAGGGAGGUUGGUCAUUCCGCCAGCCACGGCAGCUCUCCUUGCCAGCUACGCGGUUCAGUCUGAACUAGGAGACUACAAUCCUGAUGAUCACAAGCACGGCUAUCUGGCUGACAUGAGAUUAGUGCCCCAUCAAACAGAGGAGCUCGAGGAGAAGAUCGCCGAGCUCCACAAGCUGCACAAAGGCCAGAAUUCAGCAGACGCGGAGUUCAACUUUCUAGAGCACGCAAAGAGGUUGGACAUGUAUGGUGUGGAUUUGCACAAGGCAAGGGUAAGGGACUCUACACAAGCUGAGAUUCAGCUUGGCGUGACGUCCUAUGGUCUCGUGGUAUUUCAAAACAAUAUACGAAUCAACACCUUCUCAUGGGCGAAGAUAGUGAAGAUCUCGUUCAAGAGAAAGCAGUUCUUCAUUCAAUUGAGAAGAGAAGGAACUGAAAGCUACGACAAUCUCCUCGGGUUCAACAUGCUGAGCUACAGGUCGUGCAAGAACCUCUGGAAAUCGUGUGUGGAGCACCACACUUUUUUUCGCCUGAACCUGCCCCGUCCAACCACCAAGCGGUUUCUCUUCAGCCUCGGUUCCAAAUUCAGAUACAGUGGCCGAACAGAAUACCAGACACUUGAAGAGAUGAAGAAGAGGGGCCUAGAUGAGCGACCUUUCCUCAGAUCCCCCAGCAAGCGUUGCAUCCGCCAGACAGUGCCGACACCCACGGAUGCCCGCGACAAGCCGUCCAAGAGCCUGGCCCGCAUGAACGGGACGUCCAGCGCGCAUGUGCGCCCCUACGACAGCUUCAGCCACAAAGUACAAAUCUCCGGGCCCGAUUACCUGCCGCGCAAGGCGUGGGUCGACGGUGCCCUGGAUGCCCAAGCAUUUACACCUGCCAUUCCUCCCAAGAUGAUCCGAUACGCCGAUGACGACUCUCUCCCCGAGUUGAUAAUGGCGAACGGCUCGGCCGGCGCGGACGACGUCGGAGCGCCGCCGGUGCGCGUGUGCAUGCGACCCGACGCCGAGGGCCUGUUCGGCUUCAACGUGAAAGGCGGUGCCGACCAGAACCUUCCCAUCCUGGUGUCCCGGGUGGUGCCGCACACGCCAGCGGACACGUGCACGCCCAGGCUGCGCGAGGGCGACCAGCUGCUGCUCAUCAACGGCCGGGACGUGGCCGGACUGUCGCACGAUCAGGUGGUCAAGCUCAUCCGGGCUCCCAAGGACAAUGGAGAGCUCGUGCUCACCGUCAAGGCGCAAGUCCCCGCAGGCGAGCAAAUCGAGGAGCCCGACUUUCAGUACAUUCCGGACUCUGCAGUGGCUGGCCGGGGCAACCGGGCCGGCGGGGGUGCGCUGGCCGAGUCCAUGCUGCUCUUGGCCGAGGGUCUCGAGAGCGGCGCCACCAUCGCCCAGUUUGAGCAACUGUACCGCAAAAAGGCCGACUUUACGAUGAAGUGUGCCAGGUUGCCUGCCAACCUCUCCAAGAAUCGUUACAGAGAUAUCUCCCCAUAUGAUGCCACACGAGUCAUCCUUCAGGAAGGCACAUCUGGGGACUAUAUAAAUGCUAGUUAUGUAAAUAUGAACAUCCCCACAUCGGGCAUUGUAAAUAGGUACAUAGCCACACAAGGUCCCUUGCCCAAUACCACGAUAGACUUUUGGGAGAUGGUAUGGGAGCAGCAGUGCACUCUGGUGGUGAUGCUGACGACACUGGUCGAGCGGGGCCGCAUCAAAUGUCACAAGUACUGGCCGGACUUGUAUGAAACUGACACCUAUGGACACCUGCAGGUGUCCUGUGUAAGGCAGAAAGAAACGCCGUCCUUCGCUUUUCGUGAAUUCACCCUCAUAAACACGCAGAACCGGGAGGAGCGGCACAUCACCCACAUGCAAUACUUAGCGUGGCCAGAUCACGGAGUGCCCGAGGAGGCCUCGGAGUUCCUGGGGUUCGUGCAGCGCGUCCGGAAAAGCAGGGACGGCAUGGUGGAGCCCACCGUGGUGCACUGCAGCGCGGGCAUCGGCCGCACGGGCGUUCUCAUACUCAUGGAAACAGCCAUGUGCCUCAUCGAAGCCAACGAGCCUGUCUACCCGCUGGACCUGACACGUGACAUGCGGGAUCAGCGUGCCAUGCUCAUCCAGACCUCUAGUCAGUACAAGUUUGUGUGUGAGGCUAUCCUCAAGGUGUACAAUGAUGGUGUUGUCAAGCCCUUGCCCGAGUACCAGAGAUGCUUAACAACCACCGUUUGAUGAAAGGACAAACCAACACAUCCUCUGUCGGCUCGUGCCAGAAUACAAGGACUCAUUCGUUCAUCACUGAACACAACUGCAGCGCUGGUCCUCGUUUUGCCAUGGUCACUCUCUUUUCGUGCGUUUGUUUCACACAAGGCCCACCACUUCUACCACACGGCAGCACCGCUACAAGUAUGAAGCUUGUGGACUGCGGAAUUUAGAAAAAAACUCCUAAGUUUGCACGAGGAACCGUGCCCACAACUGGCAACAACGUGCUGUGCACACAAGGCAGCUGCACUGAGAGUGACACAAAACGUGUUCACGGCCAUCGCUGCCAUCAUUUGUGGCACCUAAGUGCGUGUGUACGCAGACGAAUGUUCCUCCUACAGCACGUGAACCAUUUUACACGUUGUGUGACGGCAGGUGUGUCGACGCUUUUUCCCAGUGAAUCCUCGUCAGGUAUUUCCAUCGCGAAGAGACUGUGCAAAUGUUGUUGCUGUCUUGCUGCCGCAGCGGCUGCUGUAUUUUUAUAGUGCCCUCUCUAGGAUUUUUUUUGUAAAUAAUGGUGUGAACUUUGUCAUUGUAGAUAAAUGUUUGAAAACCCUGUUAUCGUCCCUUCAUUUCUUCUGGUCUCUUGGUAGCGGUGUCCACAGUGAUGUGAUAGAAGGAAAGCUAGAUUGGUCUCCUCCCUGCUACGUUCUUCACAAUUUUUUGUUUUAGCCAAGAGACCAUCAUUGUUUUUCAUAAUUUGUCUACCUUUUCUCAUUGAAGUGCCGUGCUGUUGGACUCCUUCCCGGUGUAAUGAAGCGGUGUUGGUAGCUGAAAAUUAUAAUUUUUUGAGAAAUGUAAACACGCCAGAAAAGUGUACAUCGGUGUUCAGCGUAACAAACACAGCGGAGCAUGCAACGUGUGAUACGAGCUCGGGAGGGUUCAUUCAUUUGCGUGCCAGUAGUGCAGAAAUGUCAAGUUAUGUCAGUUAAAGAUAGCUGUGUUGGACAUCCUUGCUGUGUCAUAGCUGCUUAAAUUAACACUGGACAUGCAGAACUGCGCAUACAUAGCAUGCGGUGUCUAGCUAGUGUGGAGCUCUGUAUGUUGCGAUGUCCAGUGCUCGCAAUCUAUAAAUAUUUAAACUUUUCUAUGGUGUUUCUCAUAUUCGAAGUUUCAAAUAUACAGAAAAUGCUUGGAUCUACUGAACACCAUGCAGUUUGUACUGGCUUCUACAUAAAUAUGUAUUAGCAACAAAAAUAGGAGAUUUCAAAGCCUCGAGCAUUUGUAUUGGCACUUCUCUUCCCUGCCAUUGCACAGAGAGAAUUAAUAAUGAAGAAAAUGUGCCAGUGAAGACGUAGGAAAUAAGGUGGUGAUGAGAAUGAGAACGGUGGUACUUGAAGUGUGGAUUGUGACUAUGCCGGCUUCUGUUUCUUCAGGAAUCCGCUUCUGCAAAGAACACACACCUGCCAUGUUGACACUUAAUUGCAAACCGUGCUUGGGAGUAUCAUCAUACUUUUUUUUUUCGCUUCCAGUCAGCGGGGUGCUUAUGGAGCAUACACUUUCCCCAAUUGUCCAAGGACUGUCGACGAAAGUGGUGGUUAGAAGUUAACCUUUGACCCAACCAAAAAAGUAACCUGUAGAUCAUUGUCUCAUACCCGAUGCGUACACUUCUCCCCGUACCAAUAGGGCCUUUCGAGUGCUCUGCCUCCCAUUUUCAUUUCUUGUAUUCCUUUUUGUUUGAACAGACUUGCCGACACAUUUCUCCGCCAGCUCAGUGUCGACUUCAGUCACCCCUAUGGAAAAGUUAAGCUGUCGAAUGUGGGAAGUUAAACUGGUGGGAUCUGUUCAACAACUUGUCUGUCGUAAUCGAUUCUGCGACAGAGUUCUCUUGAGUUCCACAUCCACUGGCACAAUACUAGCUACUUCAGAGCAGCUAAUUAAUCCACUGCCAAGAGUUAGUGCAGUUACUGGUUACAUUCGGCGCCGACUUGACACAAGACCAUGCAACACAACUGAAUUGGCAGAAUCAAAUUGAUAAAAAAGUAAGCCUGUACUGUGUUACAUAGCUGAACCUGUGCAUCCAGUACGACGAAAAACAGACUAAAUCGGCACAAACAAGUACAAAUAUGCAUUUUGUUAUGCCUGGCUCUAUUUCAGCCUAGAGAAGGCACAUUUCGUGGUGAGAAGAAAGUGCAACUACAAGAUGCGAUGUUUGCCCGUAGAUGCGAUGUUUGCCACUUUUGCCAAUGUGAUACAUCGCAUCACUCCUAGUCCUCACGCUCGCUCUGUUUAUUAGCAUAGUAAGUGAGAAGAAAAAUAGCGGAAGGGUCUGAUAGUUUUCGAAACGCGCAUGCACCUCUUUAGUUUGUUUUUUUCAAACCUUGGCUAUGUUUGUUUCGUUCAAAGAAAUGCUUUCUGACCAGUGGUGUUCAACAGGCUACACUGCUAGCAGUACAGGCGGGCGGUGUUUUGUUAAGUGAUGCACACCACUCGUCAUGAGUGCUUGUGCAUCGGAGAUAACUCUUCAUGGCUUCUCAAAAACUUGUGCUGUAGAAAGGUCAAUCUAUCCUGAACUUUUUAAGAGUCGUGCCCAGAGGACAUCCCAAGGUUGGUGAGCCAGGAAAUGCAGCAUGUGUGCAACCUGUGGAUGGGGGUGUGAUGCCUGUCGAGGAAGCAACUGAGCCUAGCAAUUUACACAUGGGCCACAGAUGGAUUACUAAAUUUUGCUAGCACACUCAACUUGCAUUCUUCUCAGUUCCUAAAGAGCAUGGGUUCUCGUUAAUAUUGGCUGAAGUCUGCUGGGCCAAUGUGUAUACGUAGCUGUUGGUAAAGCAGCAGCAUUAAUCUAAACUGUAGCCACAUUUUACCUUUCAGUUCUAAAUCGCAACUGAUCUCUACCAUGGGCUAACACAUAUUUCAAAGUUUGCUUAAAAUUACUGUAACUUCUUUUGUGUGAGGCUCGAAAAAUUGGCUUAAUUUUCUUCGUAGUUCAACGUGUUGGUAGUUGUACGAUGGGGAAAGAAAUGAAAACGCACUCAAUAGGUGCAGGUAAUUGUACUUCUGUAUUGUUGGAUGAAAUUGAAUGCCGGAUACCUUGAUUCUUGUGGCAUUGCAGAAACUACUGUGGCUACAUGAGGCUCAACCACAGACUUGCGGACACUGCUAUGUUGAGAAGCACUUGUCUUGUGAUAAGUCAAAGGGCUUUUUUGUUAGUUCUUAAGGGAGCCUAUUGGUAUGAGGACUUAUAUAUACGAACAUAAGGGUGGCUUUAGCCUUGAAGCUAGAAGGCAGUGUGGUGGUGCAGUCGGAUGAAAGUGAACUGGUAAAUUGCGUAUGUAUUGGCAGUUUCCAUAGAUCACCGAUAUUCUACACCUCUUAUGCAAUGAUAUGGAUGUCAUUGGCACAAAUAAACAUGAAUAUCGGCACACAUCAAGCUCUUUAAAUUUGUAAGUUAUGUCUCGUGCUGAUUAUGUGAAAGAAUGCCCAUGUUGGCUUCGUCAUUUGCCAUAAUUUAUAUUUAUUUGUAUGUCAUUUAUCAAUUAUCACACUACAGUUUUGAAUCUAAGGUACCAAAGGUUCUUUAUAAUGCAUUAAUAAAUCUAGUGCUGUCGACACAAACCCACCCCUGCUUACCUUGCCAGCUACCCACCUUUAUCUAUUUUUUUGGUGCAUGUUUCAUUUAUGAAUUGAGACAAGAUGGACUGAAUUUGUUUAUUUUUAUAAUGCCUGGUGAAAACUUCUUUUUAUUUAAAUAAGUUUUUAAUGGUAUGAAUCUUGGAGCUUAUGAAGUAAAAGCCACGGAUUUGCACUGUUCAGUGUUAGGGUUUAUGCCAGAUUUCAACCUAUACAAUUCCAAGUCCAUCCACUUGUUUUCUUUUCUCGUCACAUUCACACGGCUGUCCAAACACCUUUGCUUUUAUGCUGACUGUAAAACGUCACAGGGGAAAAAAUGUCAUAAAUAGUCUCGUGUUGGAAAACUGGCUUUGUAAUACAGUGUUGCACAAGGCAUAAAUGAACGGAAUGUCUGGCCAGUCUUUUUUUGGACCAGUGUUUGCAUUGUUGUCUUGACUUUCCCUGAAUGAGCCCUCUCCUCACUAUCCCUGCAGCAAACUGUAGCAUUCAAAUUUUCAAACACAGCUGUUGCCAUGGCCAUGGCUUUUUCUAUAAAGAAAAUUGGUAGAUUGAGAAACCAGUGUCAUUCCUAUUGCUUUUGUGAAGCUAACCUAGCAGGUACUGCAGCCCGUUCCCAUCGACAGCAUCUAGCAUUCAGUGUGCACAUUGGAAAUUUAAGUGGGGAAGCAUAAGGCCUUUUAAUAAUGGUGCACAGGUUUCUGUAGCCACGUAUCUGUACCACUGCCAUCAACGUGUUUUGUACUUGGUGUGUGAACAGCCGCAGUCGGAGGCAAAGAAAAAAAAAAAACUCGUUUUUAGGUGAUGUUGAUACAGAGCCAACAGAACGUUUAACAACUUGUCUACAAGACGUGCUUGAACCAUUGUUUGGUGUAUGUGUACAUUGCAUAGUUUCCUGUCCAAAAUAGAGCAUCCUGUAUAUAUAUUGCUUGUGUGACUGCGUAUGUGUGCGCAUAUGACUACUUCUUACAGCAGAGCGUUAUGUAUGACUUCGUCUUUGUGUUUUCUUUUAGCAACCUAAAUGUCUGCUUUUAAAAUUGUGGUCAUCUUGAACAGACGUCCACUCCUCGAGGAUAUUGAAAUGCCACAGCGUUCUAAGUGAUGCAAGGAGGAGAAAGAAAUUAAAAACGUUACACAAAACA